AUGUCUUGCCUUCAGAAGGCAAACUCAGAAUAUUUAUGGUGGCAUCUACUGAGUCUCGGAUUUCAGCCCGAUGUCGCCGCAUCCAGUGGGAUCAGCAAAACCAACGCCCGACAUCUCGUUCUUGGGAGUAAUAUGUUCGAUAAGCCGAACAAGGAGGCCUUCUAUAUUGUCACUCAUUUCUUGUUGGGAAAGUUAAAUUCGUCACGGGCACAGGAUGCUUUCCGGUAUUGUUGGCCAGUUUUGGAUCGCAAGGCAGAUGCAGAAUUCCGUAAAGUGGUUUUUGGAUGGCUUCAGGAAAUAGCAGCUGAAAGUGGUAGCACCUUUCCCAGAGUACUUGCGUCACACUUACUCUCUCCUGGUGGUCCAAAGUUUAUCAGCAUAAUGCUCCACCUCGCCAAACAUGUGAUGUUACAGGAAAUUAAGUCAUUUUCCACAGAUGGCACUUGGAUCCCAGAGGCUGCCGCGGUUCCAGCACGUUCAGCUGAAAUGGAGGCAAAGCGGUUUCAACGCGUGAAAAGACGAUUUGAGAGAGCUGCUGUGGAGGAAGACCAUGUCAUUCAGGAGCACCAGAGUAGAGCCAAGGCCUUAGAGAAGUCCCUGAGGGAUCUAAGGGCAGAAGAUGCCAAGUAUGCCGAUUUGCUUGAGAAACAUGACAGAGAUGCUGAUCAGGAAGGAAGCAUCCUAGAAGAGAAGACUAAAAAGGCACGAUCGCUAUGGGCCACCGUCGACACAGUCUUAUCCACCCUGGAAAAGGAGAGGGCGGUCGUGGAGAGCGUCGUCCAGGGAAACGUGGACCAGUACACCUUAGAUGGGUCUGAUUUGUCAGUCAAGAUACCCCAUGUUCUCCUAGAGAGGAUGGAGAAGCUCUCUCACUUGUCCAGUGUGGGGAACGUCUAUGAGGCAGGCCGGCCGGUGCUGCUUAGCCUGCUGGGGCUGCUGAAUGAGGCACUGGGCCUACUGAAGGAGGAGCGGGACACAGCUGCAGGCCCCACGGUGCAGCUCCAACACCAGGCCCUUCAGGAAAAGGCCCUGCUCCUGAACCGCUCAAGAGAGGCCCUCAGGCUUCUGAGGAGUAAACUGACACAAGAAGACAUUCCACAGGUUAAGACCUCCAUCAGGAAGUUGGAAGCAGACUGGGAAAGGAAGUGGGCCAAGUGCCUUCAGUUCACGCCUUUGACAUCCUUCCUCAGUGAGGAUCCAGCCCUUGAAUUCCUGUCUCCCAUGGCGCCUCUGUCCUUUGAGCCUGCAUCUGAAGCCAGCUUCAAAAGCAGCAUCUUUUCCCAGUACCCAGCCAAGCUGUCUGAAUUAUUGAAGCAGAAUCCAGAUUCACUGGAGACAGACGUCAAGGCUGAUGCUGACAAUACCAGUUUGAUGCUCCCAGUUUUGGAGCAGACCGAUGACUUUAUUUCUGCCUGUUCCCCAAGCUCCUUAACUCCAUGUAAACCUCCCUUAUCUGAGGUUCCUCCAGACGACCUUCCUUUUAUCACCCCUGUUGCUCUUGCACCCAGCUCUGUACAGGACAGUCACAAGAAAAAUUGGCAAAGGCAUACAAAGACCUCUGAAGUGAAAAAGGUGUCUCAGAUUUUGGAAUUGGAGUGUGACAACCUGGCAAGUCAGUUCGCAGAGGCUGUGAUCACAAGCCCUGCUGAGGGAAGCAAGAAAGGCCUGGAACUAGAGCAACUGCUCAACACGCUAUCAGAUCCGUUCUCCACAAGGAAACAGCUGCCUCGCACCCCAGAAAGCCUAAUUAUGGAAGUUAGAAGCUCGUGGAGAAAGGCUGUGGAGGAGGGCGUGGCGGAGAAAGCCCGUCUAUCUGGAAAGUUUGACAGUUUCACUCGCCACUUCACGCCCGUUUCUGAGACUGAAGAGGACCCCAGCAAGCUGGAGGCAGCUCUCCUAAGUGCCCUGGAGACCUCAGCUCCUGCACCUCCGAACCACAGUCCCCGUGUCCUCCAGCAGGGGGCCUCCUGUCACUCUACCUUGUCCUGGGACUCUUCACAGCUGGAAGCCCUCAACAGUGAGAACUCCAGCAACAUCAUCCAGUUCAGUAUCGCCCAUGAGACCUUCCCUGAUCUCCCUGGCAACGAUAGCCUGCUCAGCAACGCUGACGAGUCAGCCGAAGUUCUAGAUGAGACGGAAGGUGAGGAGGAACUGGUCCUCCCGCAGGUACUUUCACAUUCUCCUAAAAGAGAGGCGGCCCUGCAGUCGGCACGGCAACGGCUGGCGACCAUCCUUGGUGAAUCGUCUUUCAUGGGCACUUGCAGGGAGAGGACAACAGAACCCCUACCGCCAAAGGAUUCUGGGAGGGACGAUUGGAGCAACAGCGAGAAAGUGUUUUCCCUCGAUCUUGAACAGCUGGAAAGUCCCUCCCCUCCACAGCAAGAGGAGUUCAUGCUCCCAAAUCUAGUCACAUUUUCUCCCAUAGAUGACUUCUAG